GUUGGCGGCAGCACACACUCGCACGUUCUCGUGUACGGACGUUUAGAAGUAGGCUUGCGCCGACCGGACCGCGACGUCUAAGUGCCUCCCCCCUUUUUUCCCUCUUGCGUACCUUCUCUUUUUUUUCUAUAUUACAGCAAGUUAUUUAAAUAAGCGUUAACGUAAUUAUCAAAAUAUAUAUAUAUAUUGAAACAAGGAAGCGAAUACAGUGCAACGCAGCUUCUACCCACCUCGCUAGCGAAAGCUGUGAAGGCCUCCACCUCAUCAAAUACAUAUACAUAUAUAUAUAUUUCUGUCCGUUGUCGAUUAUAGCAAUAAUAUCGUUGUUUUAACACCACAACACCUUCAAAACAAGGAGGAGAAGAAUGCCUUCGUUUCAGAUGCACCCCGGCUUUGCCGGCCAGAACAUCCGCAGCAACCCAUGGAAGCCGACGCAGAUGAUCAUCUCCGCCUCGCAGCACUUCGGGAUUGUGGGUUCGGGUAAGGUGUACAUUGUGGAGACAGCGCCGGGUUUUCAGGCCGGUACCCCGGUCUCCCUCCUCGGCUGCUGGGGUACGUCGGACGGCGUGUUCGACGCCUGCUUUAGUGAGAUGGACCAGAACAUCGUCGUGACGGGCUGCGGGGAUGGCGUGAAGGUGUACAACGUCGGCAUGAGCGCCAACCGCGACUGCGUGAUGCCGCUGAUUCACAACGCGGAGCACCAGGCCGAGGUGUCCUGUGUCGCCUGGAACACGGGUCGCCGCGACACCUUCUACUCCAGCAGCUGGGACACAACCAUCAAAAUGUACAGCGCCGCCAAGCCGGAGGUGUCCAUCCUGACCAUGCAGGAGCACUUCAAGGAGGUCUAUGAGGUCGCCACGACGUCGCACAGCCCGUCCUCCAUCUUGUCCUGCUCCGGCGAUGGCACGUGGAAGCUGUGGGACACCCGCUCGCCGCAGCGCUCCGUCCUCACGCAGAUGGCACACCAAAACCAAAUUAUCCUCUCCGUCGACUUCUGCAAGCGCGAUCCGAACAUCUUCGCCAGCGGCGGCGUCGAUCGCACGAUGCGGGUGUGGGACGCCCGCCGGCCGAAUCAGCCGCUCGCCUCGUUUCCCGGCCACGAUCAGGCCUGCCGCCGUGUGCGCUUCUCCACGCAGAACUCGUCGAUGAUCGCGUCGAGCGGCUACGACAUGCGGGUGUGCAUCUGGGACCUCACGAAGCCGCAGCAGCCCCUGGUCGCACGCUACCAGCACCACCGCGAGUUUGUCGUUGGGCUGGAAUGGUCGCAGGCGGCGCCCAACGCGAUCGUCUCGACCAGUUACGACGGCACGGCGUUCUUCUGGUCGCUGGGGCAGAACCCGACCCCCUCGCCGCCGGCACAGCAGCUGCCACCUGCGAUGCCGCCUCCGCGUGUGCCGCGCCCACGUACGCGGGUGCUGCCGGGGCUGCCGUCACCGGGCAUGCCGAUGCCCAUGUCUCCCCCGCGCUCUCCUCGCUCACCUCGGUAG